UCCAGCCCUCAGAGCCAACUUUAAAAGCUGCUGGAAGAUGCUUUGAAGUGCAAGCGGAGCAGUGAAGACCUCAUCCCCGGAGCCUUGCGGAAGAUCAGCCUACCCCUGAGACUUUCAAGAUGUGAAGCAGGCUGACUGAUAAGCCCUGCCUCUCAGCACCCAGCCUGCCUGCUAGGAUGUUCCUCAUGAACGCCCCUCCAGUGGUGGCGCUCCAAUCCAGAUGGGAGGCCUUCGGCCAGCCCAGGAGCUUCUGCUUUCCAGACUGCUUCUCGGAGUCUAAAGAGGACACCUCCAGCGCUUCAGUGAGUGCAAGGGUACAGAUGCUCAUCAGCACGCUACAGAGAGACGAGGCUGCCCUGGGCAUGAGCCAUGAGCGUGUCACACAAAGAGGCCAACGUGCAGAGAGGUCCCGGGACACCAGGCUGGCCCCCAAGCCUGCUGUGUGCAAAGAGCAGCCAGAGUUCCCUGCUUGUGAUCUUGUGGCAAACUGCAGCACCCUCGAGAAAGACGAAGCUGGGAGACAUGGUCCCUUGGAGCUGGAUUCUGACAGUGAUGACUCUGUGGACCGGGACAUUGAGGAGGCCAUCCAAGAAUACCUGAAGGCAAGGGGUGGGGCUUCUGAACCUAUGUCCCAAGGGGCCCCCUCUAGCCCAGAUCCUGGCCACAGCAGUACCCUGCCCAUCCCGUGUCCCUCACAGCUCACUCCUGGCUCAGGUAGUGUUCCUGUGGGAGCCAGUGAAGACCAGGGCUCCACCUCCCCAGCCAGCAUGAGCAGCGAGGACUCCUUUGAACAGAGCAUCCGAGCUGAAAUAGAACAGUUUCUUAAUGAGAAAAGACAGCAUGAACACCCAAUGUGUGAUAGGUCUGUGGAUAAAAAAUCUGACCCAAACGACAGCCCUGCCAGACUUAGAGGGAACAGAGAGACCUCAGCCAGAGCGGCUCUGAUGGGAACCUAUAAGGGGUUCAUCUUCCGAAAACCUCCCAGGUUAACAAAGAUGAGCACACAGCUGAGAAACUUCCAGCCUAAGCUCACCACAGAGCCUGAGACCCCAGUGAGCACAAAGCUGACCAUCCACAGACCAGAGGCUACACAGAACAGGGGUGGAGGGAAGAGGAGCAUGCCUGCCAGGCGCAGCAAGCGCAUCAGGGGCUCGGCCCCAGAGCACCAGGCAUCGGACUCCAGCAGUGACGACGGCAUUGAGGAGGCCAUCCAGCUGUACCAGCUGGAGAAAACCAGGAAGGAGGCCAGUGGGGAUCCACCUCUGAGAGCCCAGCUGAAAGAGGAAAGCCCUGGCAAUGCCCAGCCAAGUGCCUUGCCUGAAGCCCACAGGAGACCCCCUAGCAAGAAAAAGCUGGCAGUUCCAAAGGUUAUGGACACCAUGCAGGGGGUCAUCCACCCUGAU